AUGCCGAGUCUUGACAUCCCUGGAGAAUUCCUGAGACAUGCUGUGCUAGAUACAGUCGUCCCACAUGCUUCGAACAUAGAUCUGGAGGCCGCUCUGGCAAAGGCCUUGGAAGGAGGAGCGGACGACCUAUCUUCUGUACUGUCCUUAAUACCUCAGCGGUCACUCCUGUUCUUCGGUACGGUGAAAGACAGCCUCCUGAUCGAACUCCUAUUGUCCGAUUGCUCGCGGGCGAGCUUGAAACAUCACCUCCCAAACCUUGAAGUCAAACUUGAUGUUUUUGCUAUCGACCCCGCCGAGGCAGUCUCUGGGAAUCCGACACCUACGAGGGACCUGAUAUUCUCAGGGGUUGUAAGUGGACAGGAGGAACCACUGGUAGUCGUAAAUGAGUUUGAAGGGGAGGCAGGGAGCGGCAAUCAUGUUCAACAACAACAGUCCCCUGACGACGAUUAUCUUCCUCCGCUGGUUCCUGCUUCAACAAAUAUCCUGCAACCUUUGUCAACAGAUGAAGCCUUGAACAAAAUCGACCCCUUCCUACCUGCGUCCAGGCUUCUAAGAGUCGUACCUGCGCAAUACAGCGAGGAUCCUAUAUAUAAUGUCCAACAACGAUCAGGUCAUCCGAUCCGUGUGGUCCCUGCAGCCAGCGCCAGGAUACGGUACUCUCGACUGAACUCAUUUUCUGGACGACCUACGACAAUUGCAAGUCUGGAUUUUGAAGUCACUCCGUUUCUUAACUGCGAUGUGUUAUUUGAUAAAGCCGAACUUCGGUUAUCAGACGGGAAGAUUGAAACAUUAUCUGAAGACCCCGGACUGAAACCACCGAUCAUAUGUCGCCCAAGGGACGAUGUGACUCUGAUCUAUAAAUUGACACCUGGGUACAGCCAGGAUUCGAGUCUCUCGACCACCGUGUUGGUCAGCGUCCUGGAUAUAUCCCUAGAGGCAGUCAUCCAAGUAUCAGACGACUGCCAUCCACGAAUUCUUAUGCAGUGGAGGACAAACAUUGACUUCUCAAUGAUCUUGAAUCCAACGUUCGGUGGUCCUAGUCAAGCCUUGCAACGGAGUAACCGCCCAGUAAGUCUUUCUGUGGGGCAACAUCAAGUGAACGUCCUAGCCAGUGGUCCUCCUCCCAGCUGGAGCUCAUUGAGAGACAGAGCCUCUUCGAUAACAGACAUGGGAGUCACAAUCUCGUUCACUGGUCCUAGCAGGGUGGAAGUUGGCAAACCAUUCUCCUGGGAUGUGUUUAUUGUCAACCGAUCCACGAUCGCGCGUAAAUUCGCCAUGGUUGCCAUUCCUCGCAGGAAACGAGCAGAUCAGAGAGGACAUGUAACCAGGCCUUCAUCAUCAUCUCUCUCGAGCCUUAAAGGGGAUGGGGUUGCAGAAGCAGUGACGGACGACAACAUAGUCCAUGCGAUGCAAAAGACCGUGGCGGGCCAGGAAGCUGAGCUCAUAUGCCUCAGCACGGAAAUCCGCAUUGGCCCCCUUCCACCAGGAACGUGUUAUUCAACCGAGUUGAAACUGCUUCCCCUUGCAGUUGGACCUCUUCACUUGGAAGCCGUGCGCCUCGUGGACGCCCAUACCAACGAAACUACCGAUAUCCGAGAUCUUCCGGACAUAGUAGCAUUUGAUCGAAAUGGUUUACCCUAUGCAGUAUAG